UUCACUAGAUUCAAAUAAAGUAAAAAAACAAACUACAAAAGAUGUCAGAACACUUUAAUGAAAACUCAACAGCUUUGGAAGUUGUUGAAAAUAUUGAUUUAAAAGGUUAUGAGGUCAUUGUAACCGGUAGCAGCUCUGGUAUUGGUGUUGAAACAGUAAAAGCAUUAGCAAAAGCUGGUGCAAGAUGCAUUAUGUGUUGCAGAGACAUAAAUAAAGGUAAACAAAUUGCAAAUGAAACCAUUUUGUCGACUAAAAAUGACAAAGUUGAAGUAGAAAAUCUGGAACUAAACUCUUUAGAAAACAUAAACAGAUUUGUACAAAGAUUUCUUGCUAAAAACAGACCAUUAAAUAUUUUAAUUAACAAUGCUGGAAUCAUUGUAGAAUCUCAAUCUUUUACUGAAAAUGGGUUUGAAACUCAGUUUGGUGUUAAUUACCUAGGUCAUUUUGCUCUGACAAUUGGUUUAUUACCAUCUUUAAAAGAAGGAGCAAAAAUUUUAAAAAAAAAGUCAAGAGUGAUUAAUUUAACAUCAGCAGUGCAUGCAGGAGCAAACAUAGAUUUUAACGAUUUAAACUUUGUUAACGGUCGACAGUAUGAUCCUUUUAUUUCGUACAGCCAAUCCAAAGCGUGCAUCUCUCUUUUUUCAUUAGCUUUAACAAAUCGAUAUUUUGAUGAUGGUAUUGUGUCAAAUUCAGUAAUGCCUGGUGUAACAAUGACCAAUUUAAUGAAUUCUUUUAGCAAGGAAACAAUGAUUAGAAAGGGAUGGAUAAAUUCUGAUGGAUCAGCUACAAUGAAGAUGAAAUGUGUUGAAAAUGGUGCAGCUACGACAGUUUGGACUGCUACUGCUGCUGACUUAGAAGGCAAAGGAAAACUUUAUUUAGAAGAUUGCGGAAUCGGCAAAGAAACUUUUAACGCAGAAGAAGUACUUUUAAAAUUACGUGGGUUUGUACCUUAUAUCAUGAAUAACGAACUAGCUGAUAAACUAUGGGACAUUUCUGAAAAAUAUAUUCAAAGAAAAUCUCCUUAAUUAUUUAUCGGAAUAAUACAGACUUAUUAAGUAUCAGUAUGUUUUAGUUUUAAAACUUUUGGGCAAUCAUAAUUGUUUAUAAUAUAGUAUUUUUGUAUUUUUGUGAUAUAAGUAGCUAAAAGGCAUGA